AGUGAGUAUGUUUGUGGAAAGAGGAGGGAGGAUAAGUAUGCAGAGAAAUAGAGAGGGUAAGGGAGAGAGGUGAGGCUUGGUUUGAUUCAUGUUGUGAUCAGAGCCAAUAGAAAGCCCCCGUCUAUGUCUAGGGGAAAGCAGAAGUGAGAGUCCAAACCCAGCUGUAGACACACAGAGACAGCACUAGAAUACUGAGACACAGAAACCCAAUGGCAGAGAAAGACAGAUUACACAAAGAGAGGAGAAAGAGAUAUAUACAUAUUUUGAGAUAAAUAUGGAUUAUUAAUAAACUCAAAGAUACAGACUCAGUGGAGAGAAACAGGACCACAGACCUUGGGACACUCAACUGACAGUCCACCUCAGGAACCACUGCUGUUCCCAUGGAAACCAACACCAGGAUUCCCUCUCCAGGACCAGUAAGGGUGGACAGCUACCCCUAACGGAGACGGGAUCACCCCACUGUCCCGGGACACUGUGAGAAUGUUUUGGAGAAUCACUCUCCCGGUCCUACUGGCUGGGGUGCUCUGUGUUGCCACAGAGACCAGGAAGCCCCGCCCCCAGGGCUCCAUCCCCUCACUUUUCAAGACCAAAGGCAACCUGUCGGAGCGUCAGCGCCUGUUGCCGCGGAAACCCGAAGUCCUUUCGUCAAGUCGGGAGGCCCUGGUGGUCACGGAGCGCCGGUACCUCCGACGUGACUGGUGCAAGACGCAACCCCUCCGCCAGACAGUGAGCGAGGAGGGCUGCCGGAGUCGUACAGUGGUCAACCGCUUCUGCUAUGGCCAGUGUAACUCCUUCUACAUCCCCCGCCACAUGAGCCCCAGCUCAAAUCGAGGCCCAGGGUCCGGCCGGAAGAACCACAACAAGGCCCAAGAGCCCUUCCAGUCCUGUUCCUUCUGCAGGCCGCACCGCAUCACGCAGCUCACUGUGCAGUUGGACUGUCCAGGUCUGCAACCGGCCUUUCGCCAUCGCAAGGUGCAGCGUGUCAAACAGUGUCGCUGUAUGUCGGUGGACGUGAGUGGUAACGGAAAACUGUGAGGAAUUCUUCGGAACCAGACCAUGACAGUCACCAUGGACACUAAUGUGACUGUGAAAGUGAAUGUUAACAUGAACAUGAAUAGCAUAGACAUGACAGGGGACAAGUACCUCUCCCUUAUAUUGGACUAUUCUGCAUCAUCACUUUGUACACAGGUCUACUGGUCACACUAAAUGAACCCUACAGGUACUGGUAGUACAGAGUGGCCCAUCUAUUAGACCUUUGACUAUAUGGACAGCUAUGGUGAAACUGCAAAGCGAAGACAUAAAUGGAAGCAUAGCACAACACCAACUGAAGCACAGACAUGUUUCAGUUCAACACAGUCAGUCAUAUAAAACCACUGGGUCCUUCAACUCUAUACAAACUGGUCAUAUUACCUUACCUAUGGCCAUGGACUGAAGGCCCCUUUCAGCUGGCCUUUGGCUCUAGAAGGGACAUAUAAAACCAUAAACACAGCACCAAGUUCUAGACUGAAAGUGGAGCUCUUCAGCUGUCUAUGGCAUGUUGUGUUGUGUUGUGGACUGGGCUUACCUGGGGGAACUGUCCAGCCAAUAGGGCUUCAGAUUGAGAGAAAGACCCCUAGUCUGUCUAAGUAUUUGCCUGUGGAUUUCAGAGCCACCUGUGAAAUAUUUCACACAAAUAUCAAGCUAGCCAGUAAAGAAAUGAUAUUAUUAUUUUAUGUAUAACUGUUGUACUAUAAAUAUAUAUGUAUAUGUCAAAAGAUAAUUAGCUAUAAAUAUAUAUAACAUCUAUUUCAUGUGAAACAUCUGUGUGG